UGUCUUCACUUGGGACUGAUCCCUAAAGGAUCCAGGUGGGGGAUCCCAGACUGAGGAUGCUGCUUCAGGGGUUCUGGAGGCCCGGCUGGCUUUAUCAGGACCCAGAGUGAGACAGUGGCUGGUCAGCAGGGGGCGUGGGCGAAAAAGAUUUCUUCCUAGGAGGCGGGGAAGACAAGGCCACCUAUAUCGCCUUUUCAAAACUGGGGCCUGGGAAGAGGUAACAGGGUAAACUACAACUCCCAGAAGCGUCUGCUCCCCGAAGACAAGGACGGUUGUCAUGGUUUCAGAAAACAAUAUGGCCGCUCCCAGCUGAGGGGGGAGCCUCCGGGUUAGAGAGGCUGAUGCAGGUCUGGGCACCCGCAGCGGCGAGGGAAGAGGCGUUUGAGCGGUCGUGAGUUUGAGGCUGGACGCCGCACGGUUGGAACGGCUUGUCUUUGCCGAGGGCGCCAAUGGCGGGCAGUGUGGACGAGGAGGCGCUGCACCAGCUGUACCUGUGGGUAGACAACAUCCCUCUAUCCCGGCCAAAGCGAAAUCUCUCCCGGGACUUCAGUGACGGAGUCCUGGUUGCAGAAGUCAUCAAAUUUUACUUCCCCAAGAUGGUGGAGAUGCACAAUUAUGUCCCUGCCAAUUCUCUCCAGCAGAAGCUCAGCAACUGGGGUCACCUGAACAGGAAGGUGCUGAACAAGCUGAACUUCUCGGUACCAGAGGACGUGAUGCGCAAGAUCGCGCAAUGCACCCCAGGCGUAGUGGAGUUGGUGCUCAUUCCGCUGAGACAGCGCCUGGAAGAAAGGCGGAGGCGCAGGAAGCAGGGCUCGGGCUCCUUACAGGAGCUGGCUCCCCAGGAUGGCACUGGCUACAUGGAUGUGGGUUUGUCCCAGAAGGCCCGAGGGGAAGGUGCCCCAGAUGCCCAGGGAGGGGGGCAGCUCAGGGUGGGACGGCUGCCGGUGCCCCGGCCUCCAGGGUAUAGCCAGGUGCUGCAUGGCGACCCAAGUUUCGUCCUUCAGAUUGCUGAAAAGGAGCAGGAGCUAUUGGCCUCGCAGGAGACAGUGCAAGUCCUCCAGAUGAAGGUGAGGCGCUUGGAACACCUGCUCCAGCUCAAGAAUGUGCGCAUCGAUGACCUCUCUCGGAGGCUCCAGCAGGCGGAACGUAAGCAGCGGAGAAUGGACUGCUUUCCAGAACCCAGAAACCAUGUGCAGAGACUUGGUGUGCACCCCAAAGCGGUGUCUGACACAGGGCACUCCACCUUGGGGCUCCCUGUGUUGGGCCCUGGGGGAUGGUCCCCUGGCUUGGUCCACACCCCUAGAACCAGGUCCCCACCCAGCUGCAAGGACAGUGGUGUUUCCAUCCAGGCUAGUUCCUUGUUCCCUGAGCCAUCGAGGAAGCUGCCCCAGGCAGCUGAGGGAGUCCCUUGCCCUUCCUGGGCACUCACCUGGGACCCAUCUUGAGGCUGGGGGAGUGCACCCGAUAGAGAAGAAGGGGUGGUGAGGAGAGGGCUCGGACAAGUGUGGGGAGGACGUUGGCUGUGCCUAUACCGAUCGCCUUCCCCUUCCAUGAGUUAUGCUUAAGAAUACUUGGGGCAUAUGGGACAGAGCUGCCCCCAUUAAAGGUGUUGUCCUCUUUUUCCUGUGCCUGCUUUCUCUCUGCGUGAAGCCUUGUAGGCAGUGAGGUCUUGCCCCGCUUUGCUGCCCCCUCACCCCUUGAGUGAAAUAGCCUUUUGGGCCCAGAGUGGGUCUUACUCUGUGGGCAGCUGUACCCUAGGUGGCCACUGCUUGGUAGGUUGAUAUCACAGAGGUCAGGUCUUCUGCACGAGGAGAGCCUGGCUUCUAACUCUGGCCUUAUUAGACUGACCCUCAACACCCCCCUCACAAUGUCCUCCAACUCUGUCCAGACCCAGCCUUCAGAUUCUCCCCAAAUGUAGCCACAUACUCAUCUUCAACUUUGCUUAUGGACUGACCCCUAAAUACGUCCUUUGUAUGACUCUCAAUCCUGAUCAAGACACCAUGGCCUUGGUGUGACCCUAAGUCUGGUCAUUAGGAUUGAACAUUUGUAAAUUCUGAGCACCCCACAAUUCUGUUCCUAGACAUAUACUCAGCAUAUACCCAGGGGAAACUUAAGCUCUAUGUUUUGUGUUCUGGGAUCCAUGUAUAGCAAUAUUCAUAGCAACAUACUUUGUAAUAGCAAAAGAACUGACAAGAACUUGUGUCUGUUAUCUAUUACUGUGUAACA